CCUCCUUCCACGUUCACACACACCUCGCCCCGCCGCCAUGCCCAAGAUUCGGACAACGCGCACUAAGAAGCCCCCAGAAGGGUUCGAGGACAUCGAAGGUAUCCUCGAUGAGUACGCGAAGAAGAUGCGUGACGCCGAGAACGAGACCCACGAGGGAAAGCGCAAGACCGAGUCGCUCUGGCCAAUCAUGCGUAUUUCGCACACCCGCUCGCGGUACAUAUACGAGCUGUACUACAAGCGCGAGGCGAUCAGCAAAGAGUUGUACGACUGGCUCCUGAAGGAGGGCUAUGCAGAUGCAAACCUGAUCGCGAAGUGGAAGAAGCCUGGAUAUGAGAAGCUCUGCUGCGUGCGGUGCAUCCAGACGAGGGACAUGAAUUAUCAAGGCUCGACGUGCCUUUGCCGUGUGCCCAAGGCCCAGCUUCGUGCAGGCACUGUGGUGGAGUGCGUACAUUGCGGGUGCCGGGGUUGCAGCUCGGAUACCUGAUGCGCUACGCGCUCCAGUACUCUCAUGCUAGUGGUGAGGAAGACCUGUAUGAAAACUAGCCUAUUGACCUGUUUUCUUGUCUGGCCGUGUCGUGUAAUAUAUCGCUAAUCUAGUGUGAUCGCAUUCCUCUGGCCUUUUGGCUCUGGAGUCGACUGCGCACGUCGGCGAACAAGAACUUCGCGUCUUUCACCAGGCAGAGCAUCUGUGAAACUCUGAUUCACGUGUCUUGCUGCUUCCGCCCCUUCACAAGCCCCCC